AUUUUGUCCCAACAGAAACCUAUGAUCAAAUUCAAACAGGUCCUUCAUUCUGAUUAGGGUUGAUUGACUGACCCUCUGGGUGAAGCAAACACUUUUCUUCAUCAAAUUUCUUUCCUCUCUUUUCUUCUGCAAUGGAAAAUUCACAGCCUUUUGUGAAAGUAAUACAAGCAAAAUCAACGCAAGCGUCGUUUUUAUGGCUUGAGGGUUUCAGGGAAGCUUGCUGUCUACACAGAGUCGUCCUUCUCUGCCUCCGGUCCAGAACGCUUUUAAUGCGCACAGCACAGUGUUUUCUCUUGAACGGUUUGAUUUUCUUAGGAAGUCUAUUUGUCCUUAACUCAGUUGUGAUUCCAACACUAGAAUGGAUGCUGCCUCAUCAGUGCUCACUUAUCACUGAUCAAGAAACCUGUCCGCUUGGUGGUAUUUUAAAAUUUUAUUACUUGUUACGUCUUGGGCUCGUGCAACUAUUUUAUGUUUCAUCGCGCGAUGCCGUUUAUAUCAUCAUCGAGGAAAGACGAAAUGGAUCCCUUAAUCGUAUGGAUAACACACACAAAAAUCACACAAUAGCUACAGCAGGUUCACUAUGCCCCCUGAACUCCAGCCACACACACGCAUUCCCCUCAUCGAUUCAAACUAAACGAGAAGUUGGAAGAAGCUUGAAAAGGAAAAGGAUAUUGAGCUUUACAAGGCUGAAGUUUCAAUUAUUAGAUGUUACAAAUGAAAAUCUUUCGAAGGUUUAUUUGCAAUUCCCAAUUUUAUUUUGGUUCUAUCCACUGUACAUAUUCAGCUUCAUCCUAAGCAAUCUCUGGUAUAACGACAUUGCUAAGUACGGAUUUGCUGCACUGGGGGAAUCAGAGGUGACUGCUAUGGAACCCUCUGGAGAUGAUGCAUUGACCUCACAAAAGAAUACAAAUACCAACAAGCCUGCUGGUCUUGGGGGGAUCAUGGUUGGAAUAGGGGAGCAGGUGUAUUCAGUCUUACUUUUGAGCUUUUUUUUCCUAGAGGAUUUUUACCAUAUAUUGGGAAGACAAUUAAUUUCCUCCUACUUUCCUGGAUGUAUGCCUACUACUGUUAUGACUCUUGAGCUUAUUGGUAGGUAUAAAUGGAAUUUCUCCGAAGUGCCUCUGGACAAAAGGCUGGACUUCUUUGAAUCUAAUUGGGCAUUCUUUGCUGGCUUUGGAAGCCCUUGUGUCCUGGCUAUUUUCUUUUUCUCACCUCUUGUGAGCUAUGGGGUCAUGGCAAUACUGUUUCCACUGUUUGUUCUUACCGCAACAAGCUCAGGGGCAGAGAAAGCAAUCUUUUCUCAAAGAAGGAAAUGGAAAGGUGCCAGCCUUGGGAGGCUUCCGAUAUUUUAUGUUGCAGAUACUCUGUCGAUGUGGAUGUUAUCUAUCUUCCUCUUGGAGCCCCAAGAACAAAGGCAAGACAAUAAGGAACAUUAAGGAGUUCUAACUGUACAUCAUCUGUCAAGUGUUCGAGGCAGAUGAGAUUGUGUUGCCAGUUGGUAUUUACAUAAAUUGAAAGCAUUAUGUCAGGAAAUCCUGCGUGUAGCAAGAGUUAUAUGCCAGACAGAUUAAGGAUAAGCGUUAUGUCUGAAAUCCUGCAUGUAGCAAGCAGUUAUGAGGAAAGUUGUGAAGUUUCCUAUGCAGAGACCACGCCCUCUUCUCCAUUCUUUUGUAUUCUAAUUUCUCUUCCGCAUUCUUAGGGCUGGAAAAGCAUGUAUAGCAACUUUAUUUUAAUUCUUGAAUGGAUCGUGUUGACUCUUAAGAAAAGUUGGAUAUGAUAAAAAGUUUACAGUCUGUGUAUAAUUAAUGACAUUGGCCACGUGUCACUAUUCUGUAUGAAUCCCCAUUUUUUGGAAGCUCAUGCAAUGUAA